AUGGGGUCCUUUCCACCCUACCCACCCUCUGACAUCGUGGCCACACCUGAGCCUGUCCACUGCUCCCUGCCCUUUUUUACAGAUAGGGAAAUUGAGGCACGCCCCCCCGCCCGCGCGCGCGGAGUGAGCGCUGGCCCCCGCAAGAACGCCAGAGGUGGCGGCGGCAGCAGCAGCGGCUCGGGCGGCUCGGGCGGCAGCAGCAGCACGGGCAGCAGCGGUGGCAGUAGCAGCUCCGGCGCUCGGAGAGAGGCGAAGCAUGGAGGACACAAGAACGGGAGGAAAGGAGGACUUUCCGGAAGCUCCUUUUUCACGUGGUUUAUGGUCAUGGCAUUGCUAGGAGUGUGGGCAUCUGUGGCUGUCCUGUGGUUUGAUCUUGGUGAUUAUGAGGAAGUCCUAGGAAAACUAGGAGUCUAUGAUGCUGAUGGUGAUGGAGACUUUGAUGUGGAUGAUGCCAAGGUUCUAUUAGGACUUAAAGAAAGAUCUGCUUCUGAGCCAACAUUCCCACCGGAGGAGGCUGAGCCACACGAUGAGCCCGAGGUCCAGGAUCCCGGGGGCUCAGAACCCCAGAAUAUUGAAGAUGAAAUAAAAGAACAGAUUCAGUCUCUUCCCCAUGAAACGGUACACACAGAACAUGAAGACCUGCAGCUAGAUGCAGAUGGACUAGCAGGAGAACCGCGGCCUGAGGAUGAGGAUGUCCUUCCAGCAGCUGAUGUCACUGAGAGAGGGCAGACCCUGGAACCUGGGACAUUGUAUGAAGAAAUUCAGGAUAAGUUCUCUGUAGAGGAGACAGUUUUACAGGACCAUCAUCAGGAUAUGGAAGAGAGGAUGCAUAACCAGGAAAUCCCAGAUCUCAGUGAACCAGUGGUAGAGGAUGACAGACUUUCCCCCACCGCAGAUGAUGUACCAUACCAAGAUGAAUCAGCACAUGAGCCUUCAGAAAGUGAAAAGAUAGAAAUUUCAGAUAAUGCUGUAGAAGUCAUAGUUCCAGAAGUAAGUGCCCCAUCUUUGGAAGAAGACCAGCAGGAAGUACCACCAUAUACUUAAAGCUUCAAAAAGACUGCCCCUACUACUACAGGAGGACCAGCCAAACCAAACGUUACAAAAGAUGGCUGAGCUAGAUCUUGUGAAGUAAUUACAGAGCAGAUCAAGAUCUUUGGAAUGAACACUAAAGAUGCUUUGAAUGAAUUGUAGCCCACUGGCAUUUUAGUGUAUACUUUUUGGGUUUUCUUCUUCGUUUUUUUUUUUUUUU